AUGUCAAUUGAAUUAGCAACGGCAGCCGUUUUAGGGUCUCAAUUAUUAGAAGCUAAGUACCAUGUUAAGGAUGAUUUCCUUUUAGUUCAAAAAAUCAUAAGGUCAGCUUUACCAUUCUUAUGGAAUGUUAGAAGAGGAAGAGCUAGUUUCUGGUAUACUUUUGAGAAAUCCGCUUUAAAAUAUCCAAAUAAUGUUUGUAUUUCAUUCCCAAGACCAAAGAAAAACCCACCUCCAAUCAAAAUCGAUUCUGAUGGGUUCAAAGUAUAUGAUGAUCAGUUUGAAGUUGAAACUUUUACUUAUAAAGAGUUCUACAAUAUGAUUUUAAGAUUCAGUUACAUAUUGAAGAAUGAUUAUGGUGUAACUGCUGAUCAAACUAUUGCCAUUGAUUGUAUGAAUAAACCUUUAUUCAUCUUAUUAUGGUUAUCUUUAUGGAAUAUUGGUGCUUUACCAUCAUUCUUGAAUUUUAAUACCAGAGACAAAGCUUUAGUUCAUUGUCUUAAGAUUGCUGAAGUUUCUCAAGUAUUCAUUGAUCCUGAUUGUAUGGAACCAAUCAAAUCCACUGAAUCUCAAAUCUAUGAAGAAUUACCUAAUAUCAAGUUACAUUAUUUGAAUGAAACUGAAUUAUUUAAAACUUUAAGAGAUCCUUCAAUUCCAAAAUAUAGAGCUCCUGAUAACACCAGAAGAGUUAAUGAUAAAGAUUUCGAUCCUUCUGCUUUGAUUUAUACUUCAGGUACUACAGGAUUACCAAAAGCUGGUAUUAUGUCUUGGAGAAAAGCAUUCAUGGCUGCUUCAUUUUUCGGUUAUAUCAUGAAGAUUAAUAAGAAAUCUAAUGUUUUGACUGCUAUGCCAUUAUAUCAUUCAACUGCUGCUAUGUUGGCAGUUUGUCCCACAUUCUUAAUUGGAGGUUGUGUUUCAUUAUCCCAAAAGUUCCUGGCAACAUCAUUCUGGACUCAAGCUAAAUUAGUCAAUGCUUCGCAUGUUCAAUAUGUAGGUGAAACUUGUCGUUAUUUAUUGAACACCAAAUAUCAUCCUGAUCAAAAACUGCAUAAUGUUAGAAUCGCUUAUGGUAAUGGGUUAAGACCUGACAUUUGGAAAGAAUUCAAAUCAAGAUUCAAUAUUGAUGGAGUAGGAGAAUUUUAUGCUGCAACUGAAUCUCCAAUCGCUUUAACCAAUUUACAAUUUGGGGAUUUCGGAGUUGGAGCUUGUAGAAAAUACGGUUCCAUCAUUAGUAAUGUUUUAUCAUUAGAACAAGUCAUUGUCAAAAUGGAUCCUGAUGAUCAAGAAGAAAUCUGGAGAGAUCCUUCUUCAGGCUUAUGUGUUAAAGCUCAACCUAAUGAACCAGGUGAAUUAUUAAUGAAGAUUUUAAAUGCUGAAAAAAUCGAAGAAAGUUUCCAAGGUUAUUAUGGUAAUAAAUCAGCAACUUCUAAAAAAGUUAUCAGAGAUGUGUUUUCAAAAGGUGAUGCCUGGUUUAGAACCGGAGAUUUAUUAAGAAUGGAUCAAGAUAAAUUAUUAUAUUUCGUUGAUAGAUUAGGUGAUACUUUCCGUUGGAAGAGUGAAAAUGUUUCAGCAAGUGAAGUUGAAAACGAAUUAAUGGGUUCAGGAUCAAUUGUUCAAUCAGUUGUUGUUGGAGUUCAAAUUCCUAAUCAUGAAGGUAGAGCUGGUUUCGCCGUUUUAGAACCUAAAGAUGGUCUUGAUACUUCAGAAAUUUUAUCAAAGGUUCAUAAACAUGUGGUUAAUACUUUACCAAAAUAUGCUGUUCCUCAAUUCUUAAAGAUUGGUAAGAUUGAAGCUAGUCAUAAUAAUAAAGUCCCUAAGAAUCUUUAUAAGAAACAAAAAUUACCUAAAGGAGAUAGUGGUGAUGAAACUAUUUAUUGGUUCAAUCAAGAUGGUUAUAAGGAAUUAACAAAUCAAGAUUGGGCUAAAAUUUCCAAUGGACAAGCUAAAUUAUAA